CUUACCUUAAGUCUGCAGUGUGCGGUGGCUCUUAGUCAUUAUUGUGAAUGGAUGUUGGUAGCCUUUGCAUCUAACUUCACCUGCGCGCCCAUUUUGAUUUCUGCUAACGGCUCGAGAAAUAUCUUUGUUCAUAUCGAAUUUGUUAACAAAGGAAAGAACUGUUACUUGUAUUUGCAUAUAAGCACGGAUGAAACGUUAAAUUCAGAACAACUGUUACAGCUUGCGUUUUAAAAUGGAUUUCGAAGAUGCUAAAGAAAAUAUACAACCACUGGCAGCAGGACGUAAUGCCAGUAUAUUGCAUGCAUCCCUGCAUGUAGAGUCUGCGCAAGAACUACUAUCUCAACGUCGAGAAUUGGAAAAGGCCAUUCAGGGAUACACCGGCAAUGAUCCGCUAGAACCAUGGUAUGCUUAUAUUGGUUGGAUUGAGCAAAGCUUUCCCUCAGGCGGCAAGGAAUCGGGAUUAGAAGAGGUUCUUACAAAGUGCUUGUUACGUUUUGAGAAUGAGGCACGCUAUUUCCAGGAUAGGCGUAUGAUUAAGUUGUACAUGAAAUUUAUUGAUAGCCAUCCUCAUCCCAUGGAAUGCUAUCAACAGUUAUUCAACGCUGGCAUUGGAACAAUGAUAGCAGAUUUUUAUAUUUGCUGGGCAUAUCAUUAUGAUUUAUCCGGUAAUUCACGCAAGGCGGAUGAAGUGUUCCGCCGAGGGAUUGCGUGUCGUGCACAGCCUUUGGCGGAAUUACAAGAGGCUCAUCAACAUUUUGGAUUCUCUGUGGCCCAGCGUUUAAUGUAUCAAGAUGAUGAAGGUGUGAAAGAGAAUACCAAACGACAAUUUGAGGAAAGACGUUUAGCUUUAACAUCGUUGCGCGGUCAUCCGCGAAAAGCGACUGUAGGUAGCACACGCACUGGUAGUGCGGUUAAGAACUAUGCGCCUGGAAAAGUGCAGGUACAUACAUACAUACAUACAAUUUUCACAAUACAUAUAUCUGUGUUAUUGCUUAUGACCACAGAUAUGACCAUUUCCACAGAAUGGUCAACCAGGACCGAAAACUGUUAA